UAUCGACCACGAACUUUUUCUUCCUUCGUCUUCUGCUUCUGCUUAUCUCCUUUUCUCAAGUCUCCUUUCCCCUUCGCUUUCUUCCAGCUAUUCUAUCAUCCAAUCUUCGCUGGGACGAAUCACCGAAUCCUCGAGGGAUCGUCCCGCGGUUCGCCAUUGGGAUCUGACCUCCUCCGGCCGGACCCUUCUAUACUUCAGACAAAAAGGUGGCUGCCGCGUUUUUGAAGCUUUGCCGACAGAGAACCCCGAAUCUUGCCACUGUCGCAGUAUUUUGCAAUCUCGAUCGCGCGGUUGUUCGCACAUGUGUUUCCUUGUCAUUGCAGGGGUUUUCGGAGUAAUAUCGACAUCUUUCUCCUCCUGGGGAGAAUAUUAGCCCAUCAAGCAAAUGUCGCCUUCUACUACCGCGGGAGCCAGGUCCACCAACGGCCCCGAUAAUGUGAACUCGACAAACUCGACAAGUGGAUUGGGGGACGGUGCAUCAGGACUCGUUCAAACGCUACAGGGACAUGUAGACGACAUCAGAUCUCUCUUACAAUGUGGUAUUUGUGUUAAGCCACUUUAUGAGCCUUUCACAAUCGCGUGUGGGCAUACCUUCUGUUACACUUGCUUGUCAUCGUGGUUUACUUCGGGAAGAUCGAAUAAAACAUGCCCCGACUGUCGAGCGCCGGUAAAAACCCAGCCUGCGCCUGCCUACUUGAUUCGUUCAAUCGUCCAGCUGUUCACGAGUCGAGCAGAGCUCCUGGAUAAAAACGAGACAACAGCUCAGCAUGAGCAUUGUCAGCGUGAGGAAGCUGAGAAAGUGGAGCGCGACAGAAGGAAUACGCAUCCAAGAGAAGGGGGUUGUUCCGAGGCGCCCAUCAUCGAUGUUGAAGAUAAUGUCAUUCGCUGUCCACGCUGUUCUUGGGAACUUGAAGAUGAUGCCGGCUGCGCACAAUGUGGAUACCUUCGAGACGAUCAAUCAGUAUCGGACGCUUCCGAUUCCGUGACGGGUUGGACCGAAGAGGACGAGAACUCUGAGAUGACUGAUUACUACGAUGACGAAGUUGAAGUCGGGUUUGGCGCUUUUCCACCAUUUGACUCCCGCGCUUCGGGCCAAAUUCAACGCCUCCCUUCCGUCGACUCAGCAAGCCUUGACUACUCGGAUAUCGACGGCUAUGAUGACGCGGAUGAGGAUGCCGACAUGGAUUCUUUUAUUGAUGACGACGAACAUACCGGCCGCGAUUAUGUCUCUGAUUCAGAUAUAUCUACCGUCGUCGGUGGGCCGGACCGCAAUGGAGCGCACUACGACGUGUCACAGUUGGACACUGACUCUUCAAUGACACACACUAGUGAUGACGAGGAUAGUUUGAACAACCUUACGCCAACUGGAUCCAGCGUCCUGGACCACGACGAGCAAGAUGGACACAACGACGACGAUGAUGACGAUGACGAGCCUGUACGGCCGCCCGUUAACGCGAACCGUCGUCGUCGGGAACCCACGUACGAUGAAGUAGUGAUAUCAGUGAGACAUGGGUCGUCACCCCCGCAUGUUUUUACCACGAGGACUUCCCACUCGGCUCGUGGUGGUACCUCAUCUCAUCGGAGUCAAGCGUCUACUGCGGGAUCAUCGGCCUACAAUGCGAUUAACGUGGAAGAUGAUUCUGACGAGGGCCCCGUUGGACCGUCACGGCGGGCACGAAACAGACGAGGUUGCAGGGUCCAUGCCUACUGA